AUGUUCAAUCCCACCUUCAAGUUCGAGGAUGCGGACACUGUGUUACAAGUUGACCAAACCGAAUCCAAUGUGACUACCCAACCAAGCUUGCGACUGGUAGAUACGCUUAUCAAGAAGUACCGUGAGGAGCAUGAUAUCGAUUCCGACCCGGAGUAUAAUGCAGCCCUACCAAGAGUUGUGGAAGAUGGUGAAAAUGCAUUCCAUCUAACUGAUGUCGUUCGUGAGAAAAAACGUCGUAAUCGCAAAACGAAGGAUGAGGCUUUGACGGAAAUGUCUCUUGACAAACCGAUGCCUAUUCAGUGUGCAUGUAUUCCGGUGGCAUUGCUGAAUCGUGAUAUAUGCGCUUGUGCCCGAACGGGGUCAGGCAAAACGCUUGCUUUCUUACUACCCAUCCUGGAUAGAAUGACGAAAAAACCAUCCGUCUCCAGUAGGUCCGUCACACGGGCCCUGGUCAUCAGUCCGACACGCGAGUUGGCCAUUCAAAUUUUUAAAGUAGCUGAGAAAUUAGUGAAAUAUUGCCCUAAAAUUCGUGUACAGUUGGCCGCCGGUGGUCUGGAUUUGCAUUCACAAGAGGCGUCACUUCGACAAAAUCCAGAUCUAGUUAUCGCAACUCCUGGUCGAUUGAUUGACCACUUGUCAAAUGCUCCGAGUUUCAAUUUACACCAGAUCGAGUAUUUGGUUUUGGACGAAGCAGACAAGUAUGUUCAGAGAUUUUUCAGUUACAAAUGUUAUCGGCUCACGUUAGGUUGUUGGAUGAAUACUUCGUAG